GACUAUAUAUGUAUGUAUGUAUGCAUGUGUAUGUACAUCCAUCCAGGACGAUUUGAACCCUUCCCCUUCUUCUUGGCCAUAACCGUAGACAUACAACUAAAACCAUGUUUUGGAAGCUCCCAUCUCUAUCCGCCUCUUGUCCGGUGGAGUCGAUAUUAGACAAGGAGAACUUUACUUUGGAAGAGCUUCUGGAUGAGGAAGAAAUAAUCCAAGAAUGCAAAGCUUUAAAUAGUCGACUCAUCAAUUUUCUACGAGAUAGAGCCCAGGUUGAGCAGUUACUACGAUAUGUUGUUGAAGAGCCUCCAGAGGAUGCUGAUAGCAAACGGGCGUUCAAGUUCCCAUUCAUUGCCUGUGAGGUAUUUACAUGUGAGAUUGACGUUAUUCUGAAGACUUUAGCCGAGGAUGAAGAGUUGAUGAACUUACUUUUCUCUUUCUUGCAACCAAACCGUCCUCAUAGUGCCUUUCUAGCUGGUUAUUUCAGUAAGGUUUUUAUAUGCCUUAUGCUACGGAAGUCUGUUCAACUUAUGAAUUACAUUCAAGUACAUCAAGAUGUAUUCCACCAACUGGUUGAUUUAAUAGGAAUCACAUCCAUCAUGGAGGUAUUGGUUCGGUUAGUAGGUGCUGAUGAUCAUGUAUAUCCGAAUUGUUUGGAUGUAAUGCAAUGGUUAGCUAAUAGCAAUUUGUUGGAAAUGAUUGUGGAUAAAUUGAGUUCAUCGUGUCCUCCUGAAGUUCACGCUAAUGCAGCAGAAACAUUAUGUGCAAUAACACGGAAUGUCCCAUCUGCUUUAGCUACUAAACUCUCUAGUCCAAGCUUUGUCGCAAGGAUAUUUGGUCAUGCACUGGAAGAUUCACACUCAAAAUCUGGCCUUGUACACUCGCUCUCAGUUUGUAUCUCGUUGUUGGAUCCAAAAAGAUCAGCAAUUGCUUCUCCCUUGAUGUAUUCUUUCCGAAAUCAACAGAUGUAUGAGCCUCCAAUCCCCAUAAAUCCGGAGACUAUUAAUGCAAUGCUGCCUAAGCUUGGUGACUUACUUACGCUUUUGAAUGUCUUAUCUGAUGAAAAUUUUUUGCCUACAACCUAUGGAGAAUUGAGGCCGCCUCUUGGGAAGCACCGUCUGAAGAUUGUUGAGUUCAUUGCUGUGCUGUUUAGAACUGGAAAUGAAGCUGCGGAGAAGGAAUUGAUCAGCUCGGGAACUAUCCAACGAGUUAUUGAUCUUUUCUUUGAGUAUCCAUACAAUAAUGCGCUACAUCAUCAUGUGGAAAGUAUAAUAUUAUCUUGUCUGGAAAGCAAGAAUGAUGCAAUAGUCGACCAUCUUCUUCAAGAAUGUGAUUUGAUCAGGAAAUUGAUCCAAACUGACAAACAUCCAUUUCUUUCUGGUGACAAUAAUCAGCCAACUUUACCUGCUGCUGGAAAACAUGCACCACGAGCAGGAAACAUUGGUCACAUUACACGUAUCUCAAAUAAACUUGUACAGUUAGGAGGCAGUAAUAGCUGCAUUCAGACACAUCUACAGGGAAAUAGCGAAUGGAAUGAGUGGCAAGCUAAUGUUCUGCAAGAACGCAAUGCAGUUGAAAAUGUUUAUCGAUGGGCGUGUGGACGCCCAACAGCAUUGCAAGACAGAAUAAGCGAUGAAGAUGAUCUUCGUGAUAGAGAUUAUGAUGUUGCGAUUUUGGCAAAUACCCUAAGCCAGGCUUUUGGGUACAAAUGGAAUGACGAUAAUAAAGAAGACAAUGGUACCCUUGAUCGAGAUGAUGAGGAUGUAUACUUUGAUGAUGAAUCUGCUGAGGUCGUUGUAUCAUCCUUGAGGCUCGGUGAUGACCAAGGAAGCAGCCUGUUCACGAAUUCGGACUGGUUUGCAUUCCAAGAUGACAGAACCGGUAAUGCACCUGCAGCCACAUCUCAGACAGAGGUGAUGGAUGAGAUUAACUUGAAUGGUACUACUAAUGGUGGUAACGGUGGUAGUGAUGAUGAGGUGGUACUUGGAGGGGAGAACGAGUUGAAUGAAAGCAAACAGUCCGUGACUGGCACAUCUACUUCCUAUGCUAUGAAUGGAUUUGACAAUUCCAUGACCAGUGGAGACCUGAAUCCACAAGGGGAGAAAUCAAAUGCUUCAUAUGAUAUGAGAUUCUUUGGGUUUGACGCAAGUGAAAACGAAGACUUAUUUGGAGAUGGGCCUUUGCCCGAGUGGGUGGGGUGGGGAGAAUCAUCAGAUUUGAAACUAGGUGGUUCAAGCAAAAACCCAUUUCUAGACGAUGACAGCUCAGAUGUCAACCAACCGAGUCAUAUCGAGACGGUGGUCACUGAUGUCGUUCCCCUGUCGAAUGGAGACCCCAUACUUCCAAAUGUUUCCCUAGACUCCAUGGAUCUGAGUGAUGGAUCAGUGAGCAGUGAUACAAGUCAGAAAUCUCCACCAGCAGUUCCCUCUUUGUUCGAAGAGGAUGUCGAAUUCGUAGGGGUGGAAUUAGAAGGUACAGAGAAGGCAAUGGAACAAGCUUUAAAAGAAGGAAUAGUUGGGGAAGCUGGACCGUUAAAGAGGAACAUUAUUCCAAAGGUACCACAGAAGGAGAAUUCGGACGACGGUGGGGCUGGAAUGAAGGAGUUCAAUGAUGCAAACUAUUGGAAGGUCGAUCAAGAGGUCGCCAUUUUGGAGUAAUGGUGGUUGAGUCGGAAGUAAGAUCGACAUCACAGUUUGAUCUGAGGGCUGAAGCAGCAAAACUGACAUGUAUAUUAUAAUUGUUUUUUUCUCUUUCCACUGUUAUUUACUGUUUGAUGUUUCUUUAAUUGUUAGCGUUAACUCCUCUUUAUUGUUGUUUUAAUGUUUUCAUUAUUUGAAGGUAUUUGGUUCUUCUCGUUGCCCUGAUUUAAGGUGAGGGCUUCUCAAUAUUUUAUGUUAGUCUUUAUGGAAUUUUAAUGCAAUCAUAUUUGGUUGUAUUUUCAAUCUUUAUAUUAAAUUGGUAAUAAUAAUCUCUUACAUAUAUAUAUA